UCUUAAUAAUUUCUUUUUGUGCUCAAUUACAGUCUUCCAAAUUAUCUAACAACUUGCCAACACAUCUGCAUCUCUUUGUCUUUUGAGAAAAUUAAAUGGCAACCAGUGUGAUGACCGGUCUCCCACAAUUCAAUGGUCUCAGACCCAAAUUCCCAGCAACAGCAGCCCCAGCGCAGACCAUGGCUGCUGUGAAACCAAUAAGGCAUAGAAGAAAUGGAGCAUUGGUUACUCGCUGUGACUUCAUUGGUUCACCCACUAAUUUGAUCAUGGUGACAAGCACCACAUUGAUGUUGUUUGCUGGGAGGUUUGGGUUGGCACCAUCUGCAAACAAGAAGGCCACAGCAGGACUGAGGCUUGAAGUGAGGGACUCUGGCUUGCAAACUGAAGACCCUGCUGGUUUCACACUUGCUGAUACUUUGGCUUGUGGUGUUGUUGGUCACAUUAUUGGUGUUGGGGUUGUUCUUGGCCUUAAAAACACUGGUGUUCUCUAAAUAUCUCACAUUUUUGUACUAAGUUGUGCAUCUCUUGUUUAUAUAUAUGUAUUUCUCCUAAUGCUCUUGUAGUUUGCAUUGCCAAUCUAAAUAAAAUAACCUUUUUCCUUC